AUGGCCUUACGUGUGGUGGUGGUGAGCGACACCCACAACCAACAUCAGAAGCUCGAGGUGCCCGAUGGAGACAUUUUGAUCCACUGCGGUGACAUGACCAACCGUGGCUCUGCCCCAGAGUUACAGGAGGUUAACGCCUGGUUCGAGGAGCUUCCUCAUCGGCACAAGUUGGUCAUUUCGGGCAACAUGGACAAGCGAUGGGAGUCUCAGCCGUCCAAAAGCGCACGCGCCAAGUUCCUUCCAGCGGUGACAUAUUUGGAAGACGAGGUGAUCGAGAUCGAAGGUCUUAGAGUCUAUGCGUCGCCAUUCACACCCAAAUUUUGUGGAGUUUUCCAGCUGGAUGGCCAAAAGGAGGCGGAGGAAAAGUGGUCCUCCAUCCCAGAGGAUUUGGAUAUCCUGGUUACUCAUGGACCACCCUCCGGUAUCCUGGACAAUGUUGGGCGUGGAAUCCAUGCUGGCUGUCCUGAGUUGUUGAAGCGCGUGCAAAGAGUCACGCCUCAAUAUCACUUCUUUGGACAUAUACAUGAAGAUGGCGGCAAACAGCUGACAGAAGGCAGCACAACCUUCGUCAAUGCCGCGCAACACGUGAUGGUCUUUGACACGGCAGGAUUUGCUGAGACAUCAAUGCUGCUGAUCGUUCGACGGAUCGAGCUGCAAAGGUUUCAAAGAGAGGCUAGCUAUGCCAUGAGGUCGAGCGCCUUUUGGCAGGGCCAUUUAGAAGUGCAGCUGAGACAUCACAUCACCAAUCUCCGUCGAGAGGACAGAGAUCUCUUUUGGGAAGGCAUUGAAAGCCUAAAAGGCGAAGAGCUCAUCGACGUUUGCCGACGCCGAGCCAUUCGCUUCCACGGGGUCACGGACGAGGAGAUGAGGGACGACUUGAAUCGUUGGUUGCGGCUCUCUGCCAAUCACCGGCAGGUUCCAACGUCCAUGUUGCUCUGGAUUCAGUCCUUCUAUUUGAGGGAUCGCACAGAGGAUGAGUCAAGUACUGAAGCCCUGAAGUUGAAGGUUCAGGAGCAAGAGGUCAUUGAAAAUCCUGAAGAAGCUUUCCUGAGCUUCGCAGAGCGGCAGAAGGAAGCGGUCGACAAGAUGCAGCAGAAGUUGGAGGAUUUGCAACGUGAAAUCACUGAAGUCACGGAGCAAAACCAGGACGUCUUGAAUGAAGCGAGCGAAGUCGCAGCCCCACAGCGUGCGGAUGGUGCUUUAGAGGCCUGCGCCAACUGUGGGCAUAUGCUGCAGGCGGAUUCCGUCUAUUGCCGCAAGUGUGGCCACAAGAGAGAGCAGGCAGAUCUGGACUACGACGACCCUGAAGGAGAGAAGAGGCGGAUGCUGCAGAUCUUACGAAAGGUCGAGGAGGACUUGGACCUCUACAAGCAGGUGGUCCAGAAGCAGCGCUCCAUGAUGGAGCGUCAACUCAGGUAUUUGUUCUCCAUGCGCGAUACCACCCCUACGUGCCAGAAGGAUGCAGAUGUGAUCCUCCUGGAUCAACGUGUCAGGCUUUUGGAGAUGAUCGGCUCGUUUCAGCAAAACGCUGAGGAGAUUGAUCAGCUCUUCAACGACAAGGUCUCUAAGGAAGCGGAGACUGUGGUCUCCUCGAGUGUGUGGGACGACUAUGAUCUGCCAGGUGAGCCGAGCCGGACCACAGAAGAUAGGGCCUCCAGAGCCUCCAGUCCCCCGUGA